AUCUAUUACGACGACCUCAUCAAUCACAUCAUUGCCGCCGAGCUCUGCCCACGCGCACCGGCCGUGAUCAAAACGUUCCGCGUCGCUACUGAUCCCAUUGUUACCCCACAUCCUCAUCAAUUCUAUGUUAACUCGUAAGCUCCUUCGAGCAGCCCCACGGCAACAACCUUCGAUAUGCCCUCUCUGUUCCACGCGCGCUUUGAUAGCGCCUCCACGCCUCCGACCUCUUUCCACCACAGCAUCGCUCCAAAAACCCAAGAGAAAGCCCAAAUACCCUAACAUCGCAAUCGACAAAUUGAUUAAAGUCAUACGGAAAGUUCCCUCCAAAAACAAUACCUCAAAAGCAGAGGGAGCAGCCCUGAAUCAUCGUUCGCGGAGGCAACUGAAGAAGAGACUUACACGAGCGGAAGCCCGUGACGCACGGAAGGCAUUGAGAGCCGCUGAAAAGGCUAAGAGUAAAGCUCAAGAUGCCGGAGCCGGUGAAGCCUUGUCUCUCAAAGAGGCUAUGCUACGCGGGAGAUCAGGAGAUGCCGCAAAGGUUGAAGAAGCUGAAGAAAGGCCCAAAAAGCACAAAGAUCCCUUAGCGUCGCUCCCUACCGAGACCAUUACUUCCGAUAGUCUUGAAUUCAAGCCCGUUGACCACGAGAUUCCGCCAAUACCGAAGUUGUCCUACGGGCUUGACAGAGUCCUAUUCAAUCCUGGCGUCUACCGGCUCCAGGACCCCCGAUCUCGCGUCUACAACUUCGACCCCUACCUAGAGAAGAUCAUGCCUGCCACCGAGUUCGACUACAGCGCGCUCACUGAAUACAAGACUUCGUCCAAGGACAAGGAAUUGCUGGCAAUCACGGAGAGAGAAGGUACCAAGUUCACCGGUUCCACAUCCAGCAUGACAGGGGCGUUGCAGCACUUCCAUUUCCUCUUGUCCCAUAAUCGGCCGCUGCUGCUCUCCCAAUUAUCUAGAAACUUUCCACUUUCUUCUAGUUCAAAAGGUGUAACGAGUCCGAAGUCGAAGCACGAGCCUAGCGAAGCUGCCUUGGGGAAGUUCUCUAAGAUCACGAGGGGGCCGAGCGCCAUCUUCCUCAGGAGGAAGAAUGGCAUUUACGCGAUUGAUGCCGACAAGGCUUACGAUACUCCCAACAUCAUGAGCUGGCUUGGGCACUCCCUCGAAAAGCUUCUCACUAGUUCACGUGAUGAAUUUGAGAAGUUUCGCCGCACAAACACCGGCGCAGCCCCCACAGAAGAUGACUCUGGACGUUGUUUCCACUACUCGAAGCUUGGAAAUUUCCUCAUGCGCUCACAACUGGACGCUCACGACACGCGAUUACCGGGCACAGGCGUUUUUGAUCUAAAGACGAGAGCCGUGGUCUCGAUCCGCAUGGACCACAAGCAGUACGAGACAGGUGCUGGAUACCAACUUCGUUAUGAUCAAGGCGAAUGGGAAUCCUUCGAGCGUGAAUUCUACGAUAUGACUCGUGCAACUAUGCUCAAAUACUCUCUGCAGGUUCGCAUGGGCCGCAUGGAUGGUAUAUUUGUCGCCUAUCAUAACAUCGAGCGCAUUUUUGGCUUCCAAUAUUUGAGCCUGUCGGACAUGGAUCGAGUACUUCAUGGCCAGCAAGACACGUGCCUGGGCGAUCAGGAAUUUAAGCUCAGUAUCUCGCUUCUUGAUAAGCUCCUCCAGCGCUCUAUAGAGAAGUAUCCAGAAUCCUCUAUACGGUUGCAUUUCGAGACACGGACGGAGGUCAACACGCCUUACAUGUACGUCUUCGCAGAGCCAGUCACGGAAGAAGAAGCAGACGCCAUUCAGAGCCAAAAGAACGAGCUCGUCAAAGCCUUCGAGCGCGAACAUAUCCACGGAAUCCGCGAUGAGAAGCCAGUCCUUUCCAGUGAACAGCCAGAAACCGACUCCAACUCGACACCAAAAUCGGCAGCAUCGCCAGAAACAUCAGCAACAUCAGAAACAUCAGAGUCACCAGCCGCCGCCCCAGAAGAUCCCGCGUCCUCGGUCCCCGAGCAUUUCACUGGUUGGAUGCUGUCCGUAAGUAGCCGCGUAAACGACACUCCUGUAACGCGACCCCGCAAACUCACACCGGAAGACAACUGGGAGCUGAAAUACCACAUCAAAGAGCUAUCCCCAGAACUGGCGGCCCGCAGGUACAAGGAACUUACAAAUCGUAGGAAAGUCAUGUUUUCUUCCAGAAAUGAGGAGUUGGACAAACAGCUACGGUCGUAUAGGGCUGUCAUCCAACGAUAUAGUGAAAAGGGGAGGAAGUGGAGACUCGAGCAGGAUGAGAUCGAGAAGGUGAAAGGGAAGGUUGUUUACCGCCCCAUGGGGCCUGGUAGUGAAUAGGCAGGGAGGGCAUAGUCCUGCCCUCCUUCUCGGUGAGAUCUAAGUUUCCCUGACACGAAGCAAACACAAAUUUCAGUUCUACUAUUUUCUGUACAACAUAUGAGGACCAGAUGGCAUGGCAAAUCUUUUCAUGAUACUGCAAAUAAGGAAGCAGCAGAAUUUCUGUAAAAUAUGAGGAAAGCAUAAUGUGCAUAAGUAACGAUAGAAGUCGCCAAGAAGGACACCUGGACGAAU